AUGCAGAUCAAGAACCUCGUCGCAGCCCUCGCGGGCAUGGCCGUCGUCGCUGAGGCCGGCGUCACCUUCAUGGACAUCGACUCUCCUCUGAGCGCCGCCUUGGCUAAGCGUCAGCAGCGUGGUGGAAACCGUGGUGGAAACCAGGGCAACAACGGCCAGAACAACAACAACAACAACAACGGAGGCAACAACGGCCAGCUCUGCUUGCAGCAGAACGCCGUCCAGAAGGGUUCUCAGUCUGCCGGAACACCUGCUGCCCAGCAGGCCCAGUCCGCUACUGACAACGCCAAUUUCAUCAAUUUCUGCUCCGGCGAGACAGUCACCGACGGCAAGCAGAUCACCGCUGGAUCUUGCAACGGUAUCGUCAUGGGCAAGAUUCCCGCCAACACCAAGAUGGUCUCCACCGUCCUGCAGAACCCUCCUCACAACGGCAACAUUCAGGCCAACCAGGACUUUGACGUUGAACUCAAGGUCAACAACCUGGCUGCCGGUUCCUUCACUGAUGCCCAGGCCACCUACUACUCUGCUCCCCAGGACCUAAACGGCCAGGGCCAGGUCGUCGGUCACGUUCACGUCACCAUCCAGGACAUGGGCAACUCCCUCACCCCUCAGCAGCCUCUGGAUGCGUCCAAGUUCGUGUUCUUCAAGGGUAUCAACGAUGCCGGUGAUGGCAACGGCAACCUCAAGGCCACCGUCACUGGUGGUCUCCCUGCCGGAAACUACCGCGUCUGCACCAUGUCUUCCGCCUCCAACCACCAGCCUGUUCUGAUGCCCGUCGCUCAGCGUGGUGCCCAGGACGACUGCAACAAGUUCACCGUUGGCGGAAACGGCGGCAACAACGGAGGAAACAACAACAACAACAACAACGGCCAGAACAACAACAACAACAAUAACGGCCAGAACGCCAACAAUGGCCAGAACGCCAACAACGGCCAGAACGGCGGCAACCGCGGAGGUAAGCAGAACGCCGGAAAGAGGGCUCAAGGCGGCAACCGCGCUGCUGGUGCGGGACAACGAGGCGCCGGUCAAGGAGCCUUUCCUGGAGGAUUCCCUGGUGCUCCAAAUGGAGGUUUCCCUGGUGCUCAGAAUGGAGGAGGCUUCCCUGGCGGCCAGAACGGUGGAAACCCGUUCGGGCAAGGCCAAUUCCCUGGAUUCGGUAACCCUGGUGCGGCCACUUCACAAACCCAGUCCGGACAGAAUGCACAAGGUUCCGCAGAUGCUAACACGUCCGCUCAGGACGGGGACGCCGCCAGUAAACCCGCCUCGUCGGCAACUUCUUCGGUAGCCUCGUCGGCAGCGGUGCCGACCCAGACCGGAGGCGCCUCCGGCAACUCCAACAACGCCAACGGUAACUCUUCCGGAUCCGCUGGUGGCAAGGGAGGCGCAACGUCGAACGCAAUCCUCGGGCUCGCGGCCCCGGCGGUCACGGACUCGGGCGAUAGCAGCCGACCCUUCUCCGUCAACGGCAACUCUUUCAUCUCCAAGGCCAACGCCGUGCAGCGUGCCUGCGACAUUCAACGGAAUUCCUGCUUCAAUGCUAUCAACGGUGGACAGGGUAACGGGGCUUCCACAUCCGAAUGCGAUGCCCAGGUCCAGGCCUGCAUCCAGGAGCUCUCGUAA